AUGGGUGGGCAUAGGGAAAGACAAGAGGGGCUGGAUGAUAGGGGUGAGGCACCUCCGGCUUAUGUGGAGGGUGACAAACCGCCUAGUUUGAGAAGUGAAGAUGGAAUCGCAAUGAUGAUUUCUAAUGAAGAACAUUGCACUGCCGACAGCGCACUUAGUGCGCCAACUGCGGCGAUUCCGGGUAAUAACAGUAAUACUGCGGGACACGAUGCAUCGGGCGCGGCGUCGAGACUAUCCGCGGAACUUUCGCGACCAACUGCCACAACUGCCACAACUGCGAGCAAUUCGGGGAUUCGUACAUCUAUAGGAGGCACAUCACCACCGAUCACAAGUACAGCAGAGUCGAAUCACAAUGAGGAAUUAAGGCCGCUGAGUCGAAGUACAUCAGCACGUCCACCUCUGGGACCUCCAACAUACUCCGAAACAUUCCAAGCACAACUGGAUCUUGCAAGACCAGCUGCUGCAGUGACAGCCCCGGAUCGGUUUACUCCCACAAGGAGAUUGAUGAGUGAAAGUAGAACCUCAUCUGAAAUGUGA